AACCUAUGCCCUGCUCCUCCCGGCUCUCUGCCUGCAGACGCUGGGUGGCGCCUUUGAUGAGUUUAUCUUCUCCCCGCGCCUGGACAACCUGCACAGCUGCUUCUGCGCCCUGCAGGCCUUGAUUGACUCGUGCGCGGCGCCCUCCUCCCUCUCGCAGGAGCCAAACGUGCGUCUCAUCGCACUCUACGACAACGAGGAGGUAGGGUCGGAGAGCGCGCAGGGUGCGGAGUCCCUGCUAACAGAGCUGGUGUUGCGCCGGAUCUCGGCAUCGCCGCAAAACCUGACAGCCUUCGAGGAGGCCGUGGCCAAGUCCUUCAUGAUCAGCGCCGACAUGGCCCACGCUGUGCACCCUAACUACGUGGACAAGCAUGAGGAGAAUCAUCGCCCAGCCUUCCACAAGGGCCCCGUCAUCAAGGUGAACAGCAACCAGCGCUACGCCUCCACAGCUGUCACUGAAGCAGUCAUCCGGGACAUCGCCACCCGCGUGGGUGUCCCUCUGCAGGAGUUCAUGGUGCGCAACGACACGCCCUGUGGCACCACCAUCGGCCCCAUUCUGGCCUCCCGCCUGGGGCUGCGCGUGCUGGACAUCGGCUGCCCGCAGCUGGCCAUGCACUCCAUCCGGGAGAUGUGCUGUACCUCGGGGGUGCUCCAGAGCAUCACCCUCUUCAAGGGCUUCUUCGAGCUCCUGCCGGCGGUCAGCAGCAGCCUGGUGGUCGACUGAGUGCGGCGUGGAGGGGAGUGGCUGUGGGUCAGGCCCUGGCACCAUUAAAGCAUCUCUCUC